AUGACUGAGAUUUCUUUCAGCAAGGGGGUACAACAUCACUUAAGGAGAAAUAUUGUGGAUACUGUUAGGGUCAAAGAGGUGGACCAACAUGCCAAACACUUGGGUCGCCCUAUUAUCAUUAGCCAUUUAAAGAAGGAGAUUUUCACUUGCUUGACAGACUGCAUAUGGAAAAAACUUCAUGGUUGGAAGGAGAAAUUUUUGUCCAAAGUAGGGAAGGAAGACACUAAUGCGCUUGCACACUAUUUUGAUGAAGCAACUGCAACUGAGAUUUUAACGUUACCUCUAUCUAAUAGGUGUUAUUCUGUGAAGAGCGGAUAUUGGCUUGGUCUUCUUGGACACAAUAGCGAGGAUGAUAAUUCAACUGCUGCUAGCUCAAGGUACUGUGUUCCUUCCCCCUCUUGUGAUAGAUGCAACAAUGAGGCUGAGACCAUUUUACAUGCCAUUAUUGAUUGUCCAAAUGCCCAUCCCAUAUGGAACAUCCUUACUACUCGACAACUGAUCUAA